AUGGAAAAUAUAAAUUCCAGAAUUGCUGUUUUGAGGUUUUUAAAACUAAAAAAUAUUUGUUUAUAUAUAAGAAAAGAAACAGGGAAGCAACCCUUCACAAUUUUAAGCAGCAAUCAUAGAGCGUACAAAAAUAUUGGCACUUUUUUUUUGUCUAAUAUUAAAUACAUUAAUAAUAACGAAAAUGAUUAUACUCAAGAUAAAUCGGAUUUCAAACAAAUAUGUGAUUAUUUUCCAAAUAAUAUUAUAAAUAAAAAUGAAAAAAAAGAAUUGUUAAAAAUAGAGGAUUUUUAUUAUUUCAAUGUAUAUUUACUUAAUGACAAAGAGUUUGUAAAUUUUGUGUUAAAAUAUAAUUUUCAUGAAAAUAAAAAUAUAUAUGUCUCUAUACUUAUACAAUUAACAAAAAUAUAUAGUCAACUAACCAUUAAAGAUAUAAUUGAUGUGUUAGGAAAAAUAUUUGAUAAACAUAAAGCGGCAUACUCUCAUAUUCCCAUUAAUGGCGAAGAUAUCUCAAAUUUAUAUUCACAUAUAUGUAAUAACAUAACUAAGCUUAAUAAUUUGCAACUUAUUAAAUUUUUAAAAUGUUGUUCUUAUACUACUGUUCAAUAUCCUCAUGAAGUUAUUAUAUAUAUAAUGAAAAUUAUUUUGUCAAAAAAUUUAGAUUCUUUUAAUUUAUCAUCUAUUCAUGAUAUAUGCAACAGCCUCGUUAAAAUUAAAAAUCAUUUUAAAAUUAACAAAAUAUAUUAUGAUCAUAAACUUCAAAUUAAUUUACAUUCAUAUUUACAAAACAAAUUGCUAAAUGCUACUAUGGAACAGUUUUUUCAAAAUUUACCCAUAUAUAUAAGUGUAGAAAAGGAUAUACAAAAAAUUAUGAGCAAAAAUGAAAACCAUCUUUCGGAUCCUAUAACAAUAAAAAAUGAUUCUAAUAUAAUACCAGCCUCUUCAUUAUGUGAAAAACUAAUCAAUUUUGAAAAAGGAGAUUCACUAGCUAGAUAUGGUAACUUUGUAGUUAAUCAGGAAAAACUUUUGUCAUUGAAACAAAAAUGGAAAUUAAUAUUUUUAAAUAAAAUAAAUGAAAUAAAUGGAAAGUAUGUUUUAGAAGCAGUUAGUAUAUACAAAUGGCUAGAUCUUAAAGACUCAUCUCUUUUUACACAUAUUUGUGAAAUAUUUGUAAAGAAUAUUUUGUUAUUCGAUUCAAAAUAUAUAGUUCGUUUUUUUCGAAAAUGUCAUAGUUUAAAAUUUGAAAAAAAAAAUAUUUAUUCGAAUAAUAAUAUGAACAAGUCAGGUGAAAACGUGUAUAAUAAAAUAAAAACAGAAAAUGAAAUAAAUUUAGAAAACGAGGAAGAAAUUAAUGAAAAAAAAUCAAACAAAUCUAAUUUUCAAACUAUUGAGCAAGAAGAUGUAGGUACAAAUUUGUUGUUAAAUAUUAUUAAUGAGAAAAUAUAUAAAAUGGAUAUACAUGAACUGAAUGCUGUUACUUAUGGUAUAUAUGCAUUUAUAGAAAACAUGAAACAAUUUUCUAAUUUAGCAAUUCUAAAAAAUAAUAUGAAUCUUCUUUUUUCAAUGUCUUCUCAAUAUAUUAGAAACUACAUAAAUAAAGAAGUCUGCACACAACCAAAGAAAUUGCUAAAUAGCAAAAUAUAUGAACAAAAUGAAAUAAACACAAGUGAAUUCAAAACUAUAAUGAAAGAAAAUACAAUAAUAGAAAAUCUAGAAAAAUCCUAUGAUAUAAAUAUGAAUACAGAGUAUAUGUAUAUAUCAUCAAAUAGUAUAUAUUUGAACAAAUAUAAAGAACCUCAUCAUCACGUUUUCAAUUAUAAUAACAAAAAUGGUUAUAAUUAUUCAGAAACCAGAAAUAUAAAAUAUGUAAGCGAUGUAUUACUUAAUAUAAGUUAUUUUAAUAUAAGUAAAAAUCAUAAAAAAAUAAAAGAAAUUUAUGAAUGCAUAAAUAAAUUAAUUAUAAACAAUAAUGUAAAUGAAGAUGCUAACAGUUUGCUAAGCUUAUUAAUGUGCCUUUCGAAUUUAUAUUUCAAAACAUAUGAUAAUUAUAUUUUUGAUAUAUAUAAAAAUAUAAUAGAUAUAUUAGAUAAUGAAAAGGCUCAAAUUAAUGGCCAUCAUUUUAAUAAGCUAUCUUUUGCUAUAUCUCCAAUACUUAAUGAAGAAAAUAAACUUAUUCAAAAAUAUUCUGACUUUUUAACAUUUUUUGUUCAAGCAAAAAUUGUACCUUUACGUUCAUGUGUUUUUUUAUUACAAAAUAUAAUGAAAAAUCUUAAAAUUAAACUAAAUGACCAAUUAAGUAAUCUCAAAUUAGCAAUAAUAAAUAGAAUAUAUUUAUUUAUGAAAGAAUCCCAUGAAUAUUCAGAAACAUUACCCGAAACAUCAAGUUACAACGACAUUAACAAUAAUGAAAAUUCAAAAAAUAGUUAUACUAUUACUAGUCAUGACAAUAAUAAUUCUGACUAUGUUCAGGCAAAUUUUAAAAAUUUUUUAUUGCUUCAUUCAAUUAAUGAAAAUACCUUAAUAUGCAUAGUUGCCAGCUUAUCUCUUAUAAUACAGCAAUCAAAAUAUGGAUCGAAAAAUAAGGAUGAUGCUAUUAUCCUUCUUCAAAAUAUUAUUUCUUACAUUCCGAUUAAUUUAUUUCAAAAAUUUCCAAAAAAACACAUUCACACUGAACUUCUUCAAGCGAUUUUACCUGAGCAUGAUCAGGUAAAACAGAUUCUUCUUAGUAAAAUGUAG